AUGUACUCCGUAAGCAAAUACUGCGCAAUAAGCUCAGAUUCCUCAAUUAGGAGUGAUCAUUUUGUUAUCGCCUUCGCGCACAAGUCGGUAGCGCGCGAACGCGAUGCAAAUGAACUCGGCCGCAUCGCGGCGGCUAACUCUACCUCCCCCCCCCCCCCCCCCCGCACCGCCCGCGACCACUGCCCCGCCCAGCUCAGCGGGUUACCUUCACACAAUUAUGUGUUGACAACAUGUAACAUUGAACGCCCCGUGCGGUGCGGUUCGCUCCCCUCCUCCCCGCCCCCGCCCCCGCCCCCGCGCUUACUACGCCGCUACUACAGCCUCCGCGCCACCCGCCCGCGCUCCUCAGCCCUGUACCACGGCGCCGCACCGCCGAAUGGAAUGGACGCCGUCGUAAAAAGCGCGAGCUCAAAGCCACUACAGACGCGGGAAAGUUCAAGGCGAUCGAAGGACGAGCUCGGGCGUCUCGUGGUACGGGACGCGCGGUGCGUUAUUAAUGGCGGACACGGGCGCGGCGUCCGUUUUGCGCUAACUAUGUUUUUAUAUUUUGUAAAAUUAAAGCCAUUGAGCGGUGAAAAACGGGGAUCGUCUUGGAGGCACAACGAG